AUGGCUGGCAAGUAUACAAUUACAGAGCAAAUAGGACGAGGCGCCACUUCUGUUGUAUACGAGGGUAUAAACAGAAAGACGCAGGAAAAAGUGGCAAUAAAGGUGAUUGACUCCCAGAACACAAGAAAUCUGCACUUGGCUGCAAAUGAGAUCCGUGUCCUGCAGAGAGUCUCGCAUCCAAAUAUUAUAAAAAUAGUAGAGACAGUUGAGACAGAGACGCAGACACUGAUUGUUCUGGAGAAGUGCAAGUUCUCUCUUUCCUCUGUUGCCAAGACAGGAAACCUGCCGUAUAAGACGAUUCUGCGCAUUUUCCGGGAUAUUCUUGUAGGAAUGCGAUACCUCCAUGGGAUUGGAAUUAUCCACAGGGACAUAAAACUUGGGAAUGUGAUGAUAAGCGACACUAAUGAUCUGAAGAUCAUUGACUUUGGUCUCUCGAAAGACACUCUUUUCAGCGCACCAAAGACAUUCUGCGGCACACCUGAUUUUAUAAGCCCGGAGAUGAUGGACCGCAUGCCGUACACGAAAAAAACAGACAUAUAUAGUGCAGGAAUGCUUAUAUACUUUCUGAUAUUUCGGUGCGACUAUAAUAAGGCAAAGCUAGAGACAGGGAAGAAGUCAGAGCAGUAUGGGGGAAUUGUCCGAGUCUUGGAGAGAAUGCUGGAAAAAGACCCAAAUCGAAGGAUAUCCGCAGAGGAGGCCCUGUCCAUGCCCAUAUUCACGUCUUUCUUUCCAAAGCUAGUCUCAAUGGAGGGAAUAAAGAGCUUUCAAAUUGCAACAAAACUGGGGAAAAUUGAGUACACAGGAGAGAAGGUCACGAUGUCAGAGGGAGCUGCAAAUAUAUUUUCCAUGCGGGCUGAGAUGGGGGGCAUAUACCAGAUAGACAAAAAAACAGGACAGGAGACUUAUACGCCAUUUUCCUCGAUUGACACAAAAACCCUAAAGCUUGUGGGGUUCUGCUACUCAAUCCUGAGCCUUGUCAAGAAAAGAACUCCGGUUGUGAUUAUUUUGACAGACAAAGGGAAGUUCUUUAAGAUGCUAACAGAUGCCGUGUACGUGUACAUUAUAGAUGACUUUUACAUUCUCUGGCAGAAGGGAGAGAUCUCUGCAAAGUGUCUGAAGAGCAAAAAAAGAGUUGUAGCUGCAGAUGCAGAACUUGAAGAGAUGAAAGUCCUCAUAUACGAAUCAAGCCAAGCUUUGCAGGAAGCUGCAUCAUCUGAAAGGCCAAUCCUCAUUGAUAGAAGAGUUGUACAGAGGGGGUCUCUGCAUCACAGUGCAUACCAGUCCAUGGGAAUCUCAGUUGACUCUGCUACUUUGGCAAACCUAUCCCCUAAGGUGGUCAUGAGGACAGCGCAUGAGUAUGCCCCAAUAUUCACAAAGCAUGGGAGUGUUAUUAGGCUGGAGCCAUACAUAUAUUAUCUGUGCAUAGGGUAUAGAGAGGUUCUUAUCCUAAACGUGCAGACAGAGGAGAUAACAGAAUUUCAGAUAGGAGCACCAAAGCAGGUCCACCAAAUAACUGCAGCUACACCAAGAAGUAUCCUACAGAAAGUGCUUCUCUUUGAAGAGGUGCUAAACCAUGUGCAGCCACAGUAG